GGCAACCUGCUUGGCAACCAGGAAUCAGUUAGGCUUGAGGCCCUGAGCCCCAACUGUCAGGAGGGGCCUGAGGCUGAGGUGGAGGCCAGGAUUUGGGGGCUGUGGGUGGUUUCUCAGACAGGAGUCCUCCGCCGGUGCGGGAUGUCUUUGCCUAAAUACUGCAGCCUGCCCACAACUCCGAAGGCUCCUGGCUGGGACCAUGCUGCUCCACCCCGGGACCUCUCCUUCGCCUGCCCCUUUGCCCUCCGCGCGCCCUGGCUCACCAGGCACCACCCCCUCACAAGGUGUGCCUCUUAUCACCCGUGUCUCCACUGUGCUGACCCAGCAUGGCUGGGGCCUGGCUGGCCGGGCAGAGAGGGAGAUGCUGCUGACACAAGGGUCCUGGCAAGAUGGGAACCAGAUGGCUUCUAUUACCCAGCUCAGAUAAAGGCCUCUCCAGAGUUGGAGAGGCAGGGGACCCUGCUUGUGGAAUAUGAGGGUCCCCUAGGCCCGAAGCUGCCGGCCCAGCAGCAGAGUGUGGUCUUAGAAGAAGAUGUCAUUGGGCUCUCACCAUCUGUAGGGUAUGCACUAUACCUAGGGGACAAGGUGCUAGCACCCUGGGAGCCAGACCAGCAGCGAUAUGGCCCUGGAACUGUUGCCUGGGGCUUGGAGACGAGAGACUCCCAGAGAGCAUCAAAGAAAGAAGAAAUCACUGUUCACUUCUGGAAUGGCAAAACAGCUAAAGUACCUCUAGGUGAAGUCUGGUGGGUGCCCCUUGCUGUCUGGAAGAGGGCUGUGGAGAGGCUACCCAAGACUUUCACGGGGGAGCACCCCAGGCCCCGCCACAGGGCCCCUUGCUGCUCUCUGCUGGGGUCAGCCACCGGAUGCAUUGCCAGUGGGCUUCCUCUGGGCACUCCGUUUCUGUGUGCACCUUGCCACCCCCACACCUGCUGUCAGCUGCUAAGCCAGGGCUGCCUGUGCUGCUGCCCCUUGGCUGGCCCCACCUGGUGGCCUUCAGCCCAGACCUCACAGGUCACAGCUGGAGAACUUCCAAAGUCAAAGCUGAGUCCCACAGCACAGCUUUUGCCACCGGAGGGCCCCAAGGAAGAGGAAGUAGCAGUGCCUGCUUCCGUGGCUCUUCCCUCCUUCUCCUCCUCUUCUUCCCCCUCCUCCUCCUCUGAAGAAGAAGAUGCUGUGGAGAAUGAUCUGCAAAUGGGCCUCCCCCAGAGACUGAUGGUGAACAGUGCAGUCAACACAGACCCCAUCCUUCUAGAGGACUCUCCUAGGCAGAGGGGUCUCUGCCAGCCGGAGUGGAGGUAUUGGAGGAGAAAUGGGCCUGAGCCGCACCCUAGGAAGCCAGGAAUAAGACGUUGCAACAUCUGGAAAGAAGAGAGAGAGAACAAACAAGAGAGAGUACAAAUUGUGGGAGUGAGGAUUCCCAAGGAGCUGGCCCUGAAGGCCACCAACACAAAGCCACCACGGACCCUGCCAGAGGAAGCUGAACACAGAAAAUUCAAUCUGGGUAUUGUGACACAUCAGAGAGACAAGAAUUCCCCUAGACUGAAGUCCUGAGGAUGUAGGUAAAGCUAAAUGCCUGGGAAGGGGCUGCUUACGUAUUCCUUCCAUAGUUCCUAUGCCUUUUUGGGUCACAUUCUCUUUGAGAAUGGCCCCAGGCCCCCAGAAAAAUACACAAUUUUUCGUAUAAUUUCAGAAGGCUUACAGAGCCCAUGAAGUUCAUAAUAGGCUUCUUGGGAGUGGAAGGAUCCCCAUUCAAAUGACCUUCUGCCCUGUGAUUUAGGGCAUGGGUCCGCUUUGCCCUUUGAACAUAGGAGUCUAUUCCUAAGAAUGUUAAUAUAACUCUACUUAAAACUUUGUUUUCCUCAUUUAAAAUACUGGCACUUUUCCUGAACACAGAAUUAUUACCCUCAAUAUGAGAUGAAUCACCAGGCAACUAAACUGGGAGAUGUAACUGUAUGGGUGGUGUGGUAGUUAAAAGACAUUUGGGAGGGCCUUGGUGUGUGUCACACUUUAUGGGGGCAAGACAUGAUUGCAAGAGGGACUUUGCCUAACGAUUGCAAUCAGUGUCACCUGGCUUAUUGUACCCUCAAUGAAUCCCCAACAAUAAAAAAAAAAAGACAUUUGGGAUAUACCAAUGACUUUUUAAAAUCAGUGGCUUUUAUUUAUUCUUUUUGAGAUGGGGUCUCACUCUGUUACCCGGGAUUGAGUGCAGUGUCGCCAUCAUAGUUCACUGCAAACUCAAACUCCUGGGCUCAAGUGAUCUUCUUGCAUAAGCCUCCCAAGUAAUUGUGUUUACUGGUGUUCACCACCCAUGCACAGCUAAUUUUUCUUUUUGUAGAGUGAGAGUCUCACUCUUGAACAUACUGUCUUGAACUCCUGGCCUCAAGUGAUCCUCCCACCUUGGCCUUCCAAAGUGCUAAUAUUACAAGCCUGAGCCAACACACCUGGCCUUAAAAUUAGUGACUUUUAAUCCUUAAAAUUACAGUCAGCAUAAGACAAUUUUUUUAAAUCUUAUAGGAAAUUAAAGACUAAUGAUAGAUUUACAAAGAGCGGCUGACAAGGCCUUCUUCAAUGGAAAGAGGCGCGUCCAAGCCACAGGUGAUAGCAGCAUCUUCACUCCAGAAGAGUGCCUGCAGAAGAGUGCAGGAAGGCACCUGUCAUGAGGGGCACAGGAAUGUGGCAACCCUGGCCCUGGGUCCCCGCCACGCCCCUGGUGAGACUGCUUUAGAAUGCCUCUUACACAGAAGCUAUAGGCUGUGGUCAGCCUAUUUUUGGGCAAAUGUGCCCACAGCCUCUCUCCCAUCUUUUCAUAAAGCUUACAGUUGUAUAUAAGCAACAUUUUGUUUGACCUCUUAAUAACAAUAAAAAUUAAUUCUCUGUUUCUAAAUUUUUCCCUUUAUUAUCAUUAUUAACAUUUACUUAGAAUGCAAGCA